UCUCUGACAUACACACACACACGCACACUCAUACACACACCGAUGGAGACAGAUAUGCACACACACGCAAACGAGCGCAAAUCCUCUUACAACUCGCUAGUGCCCAGAGCAGAUUAAGGGGCUGCACAUCUCAAAUUGUAUUCCAAAUGUGCCACCUUUGCAUGGGUCUCCUUCCUCUUCUUCUUGCACUUUCUCCUCUUCCUCCUGUACCACAACGGGACUUCUGCUCUGCACCUGCUUCUGCUGCUUCUUCCUCCUCCGCUCUGUCUUCAACCUCUGGCAACUGGCCCGUUUGCCUCUGCAGCUGAGAUGACCAGGCAGCCCGCCUGAGGCAGAGGAAGAAACUGCCAGGCUCACACAGACACAGAGGUAGAGAGAGAGGGGGGAACCCGAGGGGAAGAAAGAGGCUGAAAAGGUAGGAAGUGAAGGAUUCUUUCUGAUCUGAGGGGUGCCUCUGGAGAAGGAAGGCAGGCAAAGAAGGGGGGUCAGUACGGCCAGGUUCGGAGAAUUGGAGGUGGAGGAGGAGGGGGGACUAGAAGAGGAGAGGGCUUCAGCGCAGAGAGGAAAGGAAGAGGGGGAAAUAAGUGAGGAAAAAGAGCCCAGCGUUGACCAUGAAGGCUCUGUUGCUGCUGGUCCUGCCCUGGCUCAGCCCGGCCAACUACACAGACAAUUUGGGCAACCUGCACAUCCUCUAUUCUGAGCUGUGUAAAGGGGCCUCUCACUAUGGGCUCUCAGCAGACAGGAAGCGGCGCUCCCAGGAGGGCGAGUGCACCGACAGCACGUCAGAACUCACCAUCGCCACGCUGCCAAAUGACGGCCCCACCUCCGCCGCUGUGGCCCUCCUCUCAGACGAGCCUGGUCUGGUCAACCCCGCCUUCGACCCCAGCAUGGAGGACAAUAGUCAGUCAGGCAGCACAACCAGCCUGGCCGCCCGCAGCAGCAGCAAGAAGAGUGAGUUCAGAAAUUUUGACCGUUCUUCAGUGAGGAGCCGUUCCUUCAGGAGGUUGAACCGGGCGUUCAGUGUCCUGCGGAGGACAAAGAGCGGCAACGCAGUGAGCAAUGAGACGUCUGAGGAGAGAGACAACGCCAGGAACUCCAACGCUCCACAGGAAGUGCUGCCUCUUCCUCAGCUGCAUCACCUGAUCCCUGACGGUGAACUCACCAGUAUUAAGAUCACGCGGGUGGAUCCUUCAGACCCGCUGGCAAUCAGCAUUGUCGGUGGAAAUGAGACGCCCUUGGUUCGCAUCCUCAUUCAGGAUAUAUACAGAGAAGGUGUCAUUGCUCGAGAUGGACGCUUGCUGCCCGGGGACAUGAUCCUGAAGGUCAAUGGCAUUGACAUCAGCAAUGUAUCCCACUGCUAUGCCGUGGCUACACUUAAACAGCCCUGCCAGCUCCUCCGGCUUACAGUGCUCAGAGAACAGCGCCAUCACUACCGCUCACAUUCGCACAGCCACCCACACGGCCACGGGCAUGAUGUCGCCGUGGGCCACCUAUCUCACGGUCUACCCCACCAUCCCUUGAGGGACGAUAGCAUCCAUGUGGUCCUGAAUAAAUCCGUUCCAGAUGAGCAGCUGGGCAUUAAGCUAGUGAGGCGGCCGGAGGAGCAUGGUGUCUUCAUCUUUCACCUCCUGGAGGGCGGCCUGGCAGCACGUGAUGGACAGUUGUGCGUUGGUGACCGCGUGCUGGCCAUCAAUGGGCACGAUCUACGUUACGGAGCCCCAGAACACGCUGCUUUGCUAAUCCAGGCAAGCGAGGAGGCUGUCCACUUCAUCGUGUCUCGUCAGAUUUGCCUGCCUACCCCAGAUAUCUUACAAGAAGCUCCGUGGGGCAUGGACGGCCCUCCACCAUAUUCCCCUGUGGAUAUAGAGCAAACACUUCUGGACUCUUGUCAGAAGCCUGCAUGCUAUGAGAAGACAGUAACACUGACCAAGGAGCCGUAUGACUCCCUGGGUAUGACGGUGGCGGGUGGCAUGUCCAGCCGAGGGUGGGACCUCCCCAUUUACGUCACGAAUGUGGACUCUGAUGGAGUGGUGGGACAGGAGGGCUCCAUCCGCAAAGGUGACAUCUUGUUAAACGUGAACGGGGUGGACUUGACGGGGGUGACGCGAGGCGAAGCCGUGGCCAACUUGAAGAACACCUCCUCCCCCGUAGUGCUCAAGGUCUUGGAGAUGCGUCCUCCAGAAGACAGCAUGCAGGACCACGCCAUGCCGCCCUGUCUCACACCUUCACCCACAGACAGCACCAAGAGCCCCGUGCCCAAUGAUGAUUACUCACCAAUCUGGGUGUCAUGGCUGCAGCUACCCAGGCAUCUCUACUGCUGCAAAGACAUUGUGCUGCGGCGGAGCACUUCGGGCAGUCUGGGCUUCAGCAUCGUGGGAGGUCAGGAGGAGGUCAACUGCAAUCAAUCCUUUUUUAUCCGCUCCAUCGUGGAGGGGACACCAGCCUACAACGAUGGCAGGAUAAGGUGUGGGGACAUCUUGCUGGAGGUGAAUGGGACGAGUACAUGGGGGAUGACCCACACAGCGUUGGUGCGCCUUUUAAAGGAGCUGCGGGGCAGGAUCACCCUGACCAUCGUCUCCUGGCCGGGCAGUCUGCUGUAGCGGUGCUAAAUCUUCAGUGGCACGGACCAAGGAAUGUUGGACUUCAGAGCUUUGGACUUUCUGACCACCCUAAGCUUGCUGUGUGGGAGAAGCUUAGAAUAGUGCUAUAGCUGUAUGGAUAUCUCACUUCUGAUGGACAGCUGAGACUUUUUCCAGGAGUUUGGAGAGGGACAAACAUGAGACUGGAUUGUUACCAGAGGUUAACUUGCCCCUCCCCCCCUAAAUGCUGAACAGGGAGGAUCCAAAGCUGAGCCACUUCAGACUUUAAUGUUGGUAUUGUCUGUUUAGAGCAAACGUCUCUGGCACAGCAUACAGUGAGUCUGGUGGGUGGAUCGAGAGGAGACACAACACGUUGCCAAUUCCAGUAGUUAUAUAUUAGAGGUAUGCGUUAAGUUGGACUCACAUUUCUUUAAUGUAAAUGUUGGGUGUCUAAAAAAAAAAGUACUGAUCCAAGCACUUGUAAUACGUUUAUUUUGUUUGUUUGUGGUAUGGCCUUUUAAUAUCGGCUCCAUUCUGUUUGUACUGACAGUGGUUGUCAUUUUCAUCUGUUGACCUGAUGACACGUUGCCAAGUAGUAGUCUGUGUUGAGGUUUUUUCUAUUAUUUCAGAAGCUAUGGCUUGAUUAUCCAACCACUGGAAAUAAAAAGAGUAUAUUAAGAAAAUAAAAAGAUCAAUGUGUUCAUAACAUAUUAAAAAAUAAUAUUUAAUUAGGUGACAUUAUGGAGGCCUUACAACAUUUUCUUACUUUUAAGAAAAAAAACUGACUUGGUUUCUGUGUAUCAGUGGAUGGUCUGAGGCCCAUCUGCUGCGGUUCUAUCUGUCAUGCUUCGGCCUGUGUAGUAUAUCUGAUGGUACAUUUGGUUAAAUGAUCAAUAAAGUCAUUUGAAAACGA